AUGAAAUUAUUACUUGUCGAAUUUGAAGAUCAAAAUGGUAAUUCUUUGGCAGAAAAAAUGCAAGUACCCGAAAUAAUUACUGUAGACCAGUUAAAGUCGUUAAUAAACACCACAAUGGCUUUAUAUAUUAACGGAAAUCAAAUUUCUGAUACUUUGAAAUCAACGGUUGAAUGUCUUAAUUUAAAUGACGAACAGAUUAUAAAAAUAAAAACUAAUGAAGAGGAAGCAGCUACACAAGCAGCAACGUUUUGUUCUUCAUCCUAUAGUGGCCAUGAGGGUCCUGUUUUAUGUCUUAAAUUUAACGAAGUUUUAGUUACCGGUGGAAGUGACUGUACUGUAAGAUUUUGGGAUGUGACUACAAAAACACAGAAAAAAAUACUAAAAAAACAUAAUCACUGGGUUCAAUGUCUUGAUAUUUCUGAUUGUAAAAAAUAUGUUAUAUCUGGGGCAAUAAGUGGCGAUAUUAAACUUUUUACUUCUGAUGGCGAAUUUGUACGAAGUUUUAAUGGGCACAAAGACGGUGUUACUGCAAUUAAAUUUUAUAAAAAGUUUAUUGUGUCGGCUUCAAGAGACAGAAGUGUAAAAAUUUUUGAUUUUGAUGGUAAAUGCAUAUUUUCUUACGGGCAUGUCAAACCAAUAACGUGUCUCGCUACAAAUGGGGAAGUUAUUGUAUCGGGAGGACGAGACGGGAAAAUAAAAAUUUAUAAAGGAAAUGCUGAUCUUUCUGAAGUUAACGGUCACGGUUCUAGUAUUAAUUGUAUUGAUAUGAAUGGGUUAUAUAUGGUAUCAGCAGACGAUGAUGGAUGUAUUGUUGUGUGGAAAGAUUUUAUAGUACAAAGACGUGUUAAACAUGAAAGAGAAGUUAUUUCUGUUUCGCUUGGGUCUAAUAAUAUUUAUUUUGCAUCGGGGUCUUUUGACAAAACAGUACGUUUAUGGUCGGUUGAGACAGGAAAAUUAAUUGCUAAAUAUUUUCAUGUAGAUUUUGUUUAUAAAGUUAAACUUUUUAACGAUUUGAUUAUUUCUAGUUCAAAAGAUAGAACGGUUAAAAUGUUUAGAAUUUCGAAAAAGAAGGUUAUUAGAGAUUUUGUAUGUGAUGACGAAGUUUACUGUUUUGAUUAUUAUAAUAAUCUAUUGGUCUGUGGUACAAAAGGUAAUAAGGUGUACUUUUUUAAAUAA